AGCAGUAUAUAUAAUAAUCCAAAAUAUGCAUUAUAGUACACAAUAAUCCUACACGAAGUCGCAAGGAAACUGGAUUAGGAGAAUCUAGAAAGGUACAAGAACUUGUGCAUGAACUCUUGAUGUUAAUACAUUGGUAAAUUAACACAAUUAUUGGCUGAAGAGCUCAACUUAAUAUUUAUACGACGUUUUUAGUUCUAUUCAAUUAAAUGAACGCUACGCGAUCAUGCAGUCGCCUUUAUUAAGCUGCAUGAGUCCAGUAAAAUCAACAAGUGACGAAGGAGCGCCGACAUUUUCAGUGAAAUAUCUUGGCCAAGCAGAACUUGAAAAGCCUGGCUUGGACGAUAUGUGUACAUUUGUUCGAUCAAUAUGUGAGUCAGUUAAGAAGUCGAAACAAAAGGACGUUCUAAAAGGAGACUUUAUUCUUUCAAAUGAGAAUUGUUCUUUCACGUCCAGUGGACAUGAUAUCCACGACUCGACGCUGCUUUUCCGCACGCGACGGAUUCAAUUUUGUGGAGUGUACGAACUUAAUCCAAAGAUAUUUUUCUUUACUUAUCAGUUCGGUAAAACAGCUGAUGUACUUCAAUGUCAUGUUCUUAAGUGCAGAAAUAAGAAAGAAGCAAAACUAUUGGCCAAACAAGCUGGGAUAAUGUUUAAAGAUAUUGCAUUUUCAUUAAAUAGACGGCUAAGAGACACGCCAAAUUACAGGUCGCCGUUAUCAUCGCUUGGCUCACAGAGAAGCACCGCAUCGUCUUGUGGAGUAUAGGGAGUGUUUAGGAUAUUCUCAAAUGCCAAGCCGCAUUUCAAUAAUGAUGAUAAAAUCCACCUGUACCUAUGGUUUAGACUAACCUGUGGUUUGUUGGUAAUGAACGAUGCUGGAAAAUAUAAAUGAACAUAUAUAUACCAUACAUGCAUGGCAUCUUUGUUUUACUCUAUAUGUGUGUAUAUAUUUAUAUGUAUGAUAGUUUAUUAUAUUUUAUUUAUACCUAAUAACAA